GAUGGACCAGCUUGAGCACCUCUCACUUGUGAGCAAGGUCCUCAGUGAAGUUGAGAACCAUUUUGGUGUCGUCGAAAAAGAUGUCGCUGAGUUUGUUAUUCAUUUGGCUCAAGAGAAUCCAACAUUUGAUAAACUGAAAAAGGCUUUGGAUAGUCAGGGACUUGGGGAUCAGUUUGAUGAUUCCCUCACUGCGACCAUACUUCGUAUAGUACAAAGCAUGACUGCUGUUAAAAAGAAAAACAAGAAAGGUGGUGAUUCAAAAGAAGAUAUCAAGGAUUCACACAAAAUUACAUUGAUUUCUGAUGCAAAAGAAGAAAUUAAAGCACGACUUCCAGCUCUAGCGAUGGCAAAUACUGCGAAAGAAAAGGAAGAUAAUGAAGAUGAUCUUAUGGCUCAGUUAGAAAAGAUGGAAGGCCGAUAUGAAAGUGAGAAACGUCUUCAAAAGGAAUCAGAUUCAAAACGAAACCGUUCAAGAAGUCGAUCAAGGAGUCGUGAUCGAAAACGAAGAAGAAGUCGUAGUGGUGACAGGGAUCGUCGGAGACGUAGUAGGAGUCGUGAAGACAGAAGAGAUCGAGAUAGGAGGGAUCGGGACAGAGACAGAGACAGAGGACGUGGGGAUCGAAGAGGAGACGACAGACAAAGAGAUCGGCGUGAUCGACGAGAUGAUGGUGGUGCUAGAAAAUCCGAAGUUGCAGAAAUCGGAAAAAUCUACGAUGGUCGUGUAAACAGUAUUCAAUCGUUCGGAGCUUUCAUCACACUGGAAGGUUUCCGUCAAAAACAAGAAGGACUUGUUCACAUCUCCCAAAUUCGAAAUGAACGAGUUCAAACCGUCGCAGAUGUUUUGAAAAGAGGAGAAAAUGUCAAAGUUAAAGUUAAUAAGAUUGAAAAUGGAAAAAUCUCGUUGUCAAUGAAAGAAGUCGAUCAGAAUAGUGGAGAAGAUUUGAAUCCACGCGAGACCGACCUGAAUCCGGAUGCAAUCGGAGUUCGUCCACGGACACCGCCAGCAUCAACUUCCUCGUGGAUGAAUCCUGAAGCAAGUGGAGUAGGACAAGGUCCUUCGACCUCAAUUGGUGGUGGAAAGGCGAGAGUUCGAAUUUCGACACCUGAACGGUGGGAAUUAAGACAAAUGCAAGGAGCCGGAGUUCUCACAGCCACAGAUAUGCCUGAUUUUGAUGAAGAAAUGGGAGUUCUAAGAAAUUAUGAUGAUGAAAGUGAUGGCGAGGAUAUUGAAAUCGAGCUUGUCGAAGACGAACCUGACUUUUUACGUGGAUAUGGAAAAGGCGGUGCAGAAAUAGAACCUGUAAAAGUUGUCAAAAAUCCGGAUGGUUCAUUAGCUCAAGCAGCUUUAAUGCAAGGUGCUCUUUCAAAAGAACGAAAAGAAACGAAAAUUCAAGCACAACGAGAGCGUGAUAUGGAUACACAGAAAGGAUUCAGUUCAAAUGCUCGAAUUCUUGAUCCUAUGUCUGGAAAUCAGUCGACUGCGUGGAGUGCUGAUGAGUCAAAGGAUCGGAAUAAUAAAAUGAAAGAAAUGCCAGAAUGGUUGAAACAUGUGACAGCUGGUGGAAAAGCGACUUAUGGAAGAAGAACCAAUUUGAGUAUGGUUGAGCAGAGAGAAAGUCUUCCGAUCUUUGCGUUGAAAAAGAAUCUGAUGGAAGCAAUGAUUGAUAAUCAAAUUCUUGUCGUUGUUGGAGAAACUGGAUCAGGAAAGACUACUCAGAUGACACAAUAUGCAAUUGAAGCUGGACUUGGAAGACGUGGUAAAAUUGGAUGUACCCAGCCUCGUCGUGUUGCAGCAAUGUCCGUAGCAAAGCGUGUGGCAGAAGAGUACGGUUGUAAGCUGGGAACUGAUGUUGGAUAUACAAUUCGUUUCGAAGAUUGUACAAGUCAAGAUACUAUUAUCAAGUACAUGACGGAUGGUAUGCUUCUGAGAGAAUGUCUUAUUGAUCCUGAUCUUUCUGGAUAUUCGUUGAUUAUGCUUGAUGAGGCUCACGAACGUACAAUUCAUACGGAUGUCUUGUUUGGAUUAUUGAAAGCUGCUGCUAGAAAACGUCCGGAACUGAAGCUGAUUAUCACUAGUGCCACCUUGGAUUCAGUUAAAUUUUCAGAGUAUUUCCUGGAAGCUCCGAUCUUUACAAUUCCUGGAAGAACAUUCCCCGUUGAGAUCCUGUACACAAGAGAACCAGAAUCAGAUUACCUUGAAGCUGCACAUAUUACUGUAAUGCAAAUUCAUUUGACUGAGCCACCUGGUGAUGUUCUUGUGUUUUUGACUGGACAAGAAGAAAUUGAUACAUCGUGUGAAGUUUUAUAUGAACGAAUGAAAUCAAUGGGACCUGAUGUGCCGGAGCUGAUUAUUCUUCCUGUCUACGGAGCUCUUCCAAGUGAAAUGCAAACAAGAAUCUUUGAUCCAGCUCCUGCCGGAAAGCGAAAAGUUGUUAUUGCUACGAAUAUUGCCGAAACUUCUUUGACAAUUGAUGGAAUUUUCUAUGUCGUUGAUCCAGGAUUUGUGAAACAGAAGAUUUACAAUCCGAAAAGUGGAAUGGAUUCCUUGGUUGUCACCCCAAUCUCACAAGCCGCAGCAAAGCAACGAUCAGGACGUGCAGGACGUACGGGACCUGGAAAAUGCUAUCGUCUCUACACAGAACGUGCAUUCCGUGAUGAGAUGCUUCCGACACCUGUUCCAGAAAUUCAGCGAACAAAUUUGGCGUCAACACUUCUUCAGCUUAAAGCUAUGGGAAUCAAUAAUUUGAUUGAUUUUGAUUUCAUGGAUGCUCCACCUCUGGAUUCAAUGAUUACUGCUCUCAAUACACUUCACACGCUUUCAGCACUUGAUGGAGAUGGUCUUCUCACGAAACUUGGUCGUCGAAUGGCUGAAUUUCCAUUGGAACCAUCACUUUCCAAAUUGUUGAUCAUGUCUGUCGAUCUGGGAUGCUCAGAAGAAGUUCUUACGAUUGUGGCAAUGCUCAAUGUGCAAAACAUUUUCUAUCGACCUAAAGAAAAACAGGAUCAUGCUGACCAGAAGAAGGCGAAAUUCCAUCAACCAGAAGGAGAUCAUUUGACACUUCUAGCGGUUUACAAUUCAUGGAAAAACCAUCAUUUCUCACAACCAUGGUGUUUCGAAAAUUUCAUUCAAGUGAGAAGUAUGAAGAGAGCUCAGGACAUUCGUAAGCAAUUACUCGGAAUCAUGGAUCGUCAUAAACUUCUGAUGGUCAGUUGUGGACGGGAUGUAUCGAGAGUUCAGAAGGCUAUUUGCUCUGGAUUCUUCCGAAAUGCUGCAAAACGUGAUCCACAGGAAGGAUAUCGAACAUUGACUGAUGGACAGAAUGUUUAUAUUCAUCCAUCAUCAGCAUGUUUCCAACAACAACCAGAAUGGGUUGUAUAUCAUGAACUCGUCAUGACAACUAAGGAAUAUAUGAGAGAAGUCACCGCAAUCGAUCCAAAAUGGCUUGUUGAAUUUGCACCGUCAUUCUUCAAAAUCGGAGAUUCUACCAAAUUAUCAACAUUCAAACGAAACCAGAAAAUCGAUCCGUUGUUCGACAAGUAUGCAGAUGCAAAUGCCUGGCGUAUCACACGUGUCAAGAAGAGGAUAUACAAUCCCAACAAAUAAUCAGUCUCCUGUGUUUCUUAUCGUUUUUUUAUUUUUUAAUAUUUAAGUUAUUCAUUUUUGCUUCUUUUUCUGAUGUCAGUUCUUUGUUUUCUGUCUGUAGAGUAAAUACGAGUACACUUGUUUUGUUUUUGAAUAACCUCAUUUAUUAUCAUUUAAACAUUCAAAAUAUACCAUCAUUAGAAUU